UAGGCUCCUAUUCAUAAAACAUGGCUUUUUUAAGUUCGUGUAGCCUACCUUGUGUUCGUGCCAAACGCCGUUUGGAAAUCCAGUCAGACGCCUUACUGAGUAUAGCAGCAGUGGUAGAAUUGAGUGGUUUGAAGCAACCUGUCCAUCUGACCUUUGGUGGAAACAUUGCACACCUGCGUUAACUACAGGAAUCUGUUUGUUUUUCCAGUUUGUUUUAAUGCCACCGCAAUAUUUUAAUGCUUUGAUCAUCUGGUAAAAUACUGGGCCUGACAUUAGACAAAAACAUUAUUUGAAAUGCGAUGUCGCAAACUGGUCCACCUGUAACACCCUCCUCUUUGACCGAAGGUUUGCCUAUUUCAAGUUUAACUCUACUAAUACUCUUACUAAUACCAUGCGUGGUUCUUCUCCUCUUAUUGAACUGCCUGAUAUUGGGACACAAAUUACUCAUUUUAGCGAAGCGAAAGGGGGGUAGGCGACGUUUGAGCUCCGAAAGCACGCUUUUACAAUCAACGUUAUCUACUCAACAGAGAAUUACAAGAAUCUCGGUGCCUUCAUUCUCGAAUCAAAAUGGGACAAGAAACUUUAUAUCGGUUUCUGAGCCAUUGUUAGCGCCGCCGGUGACUUCGUCCCUCACCUCUUCCAAGGAGCGGGCGACCAAGGGUCAGAGAAUCAGGAUUAUGAGGCCUGAUGGGGCUACAGGAAGAGGAUCCGAGUCUUUGAGAGCACCAAGUACAAUAUUAGCCACGAUGUCAACAACUGGCUCGACCACAAGAGCCGACCUGCCCCGUAGGACAUGCAUGUACACAAAGAGCACGCUGGACUGGCGGAGAAGCGCACCAGUCUUACUGCAGUCUAGUGAUUCGGAGGCAGAUCGUCCUAACAGGGUGCCCCCAAAUUCCCCCGAGCUGAGUACCGCGUUAGGGGGCACUUCAGGAGCCAUGCGUCGAAGCAGUACUAUGGAGUUGGUGAAUGAAAUUAAAAGCACGGAUGUUAACCAUGUUGACUCGAAGAUGGAGUACGAGUAUGCCAGCAGCAUUCCCCUAGAGAGCUCGUGCUUUAUUGCGACUGCCAACUCUUCGAUCGUGGGUCCUGGCUUAGACAGUGACUUUGGAGCCAGCGCAGGUAUUUCCCUGCGGAUUCUCUCUUGUGACAGUGAUGGUCUUUCCAGUGCAUUCUUAGGGUCAGGCCUCGAGUGGGACUACUAUGAUCCAAGUUAUGUGAGACAAAACCAUGUACCCAAACACCUGCACCACAUGCCCACCGUCACCACUAAACAAUAUUGGGUUUAACCUCGAUUUUAUUUUAUUUUUUACUUAUCCCUAUGCACUUCACUUCGGAAUGUCACUAAUGAAAAAGAUGGUUAUGGCCACCAUAUAAUUUCUAAUGUAACAUCACAGUAAUACACUGUCACUGUCUUGUUCAAUUAAAUCUGAGACCAAAUCGCCUUAGCCACUUAAUGAAUAUUCUGUUCAUGUUAUGUUUUUCUACAAUUGUUUUUUCCCCACAAAAUGUUACACUAAAUCCCUUCAACUUUUGUUUUAGUUAUAUACACACGCCCACACACAUCACCUUUUUGUGUUCAGAUUUUCAGAUUUAAGUGCAUUCUGUUCCACACUUUUUCUAAGGUGAGGUCUCAUUUGUUUUCUUAAAUUUUUUUGAAAGCGUUCCCCUGUCUCAGUGCUGCAAUUCCAUUAUGUAUUAGCUUCUGCUCCAACUAGUAGGAGACUGACCCAUUAUUCAAACCAAUCCUUCCUUAGCUUCAUAGGAUCAUUCAGUAGUUAUGUAAAUAGCCCCUCCCUAUUACUUUUAAUUGCCCACUGUCCGCCAUCAAUUUGCAAGGGUGCGCACUACAUGUCUACAUGUUUUAUUUUAGUUAUAUACACACGCCCACACACAUCACCUUUUUGUGUACAGAUUUUCAGAUUUAAGUGUUUUUUGUUCCACACUUUUUCAAAGGUGAAGUCUCAUU